AUGCAUCUCUCUACCAGUGCCACCAAAGAAAUCAUAUUAAAUGGUUUAGGCGAGGUGCAUGACAUUGCAGUAGAGUGGGAGUCUUCACUUAUCUACUGGACAGAUUAUUUGCACGAAACAAUUGAAGUUGCUCGCAUUGAUGGGUCUCACAGAAAGACUCUCUUUUGGGAAAAUGUGGCAAAUCCACGGGCAAUUGUAGUGGAUUCUCGGAAUGGGUAAGUUUAAUUAACAAAUGGUUUAUUUCGCGAGUGUAGUUACAAGUACCUGUGCCCUUAUAUAUAUUGAAAUUUUACAUUGAGUUUCAAUGCUGUAUAUGUUUACUGAACAGAACCGAUUAUUACCGUUAAAAUCACAAAACUGGAAAAAUCCACCCCAAAAUCAACUGCAAUACAUAGCUGUCAUAGAGCUAGCAGAUGCUUUUUACGGAAAACACCAUUUUAAAAUCGAACAUUCUCUCGUCUUUGGGUAAAGUGAGACUUGAAUUAAAGCAAUAGCAGAAUGUGAUUUAACUGCGUGAAUUUGAACGCGAAGAUCUCUUAGAACUCUCUCGAAAUAGUUUGCAAAUAUUUAACAACCAGCCACCCAUUUUGAGGUGGAUAGCUGAUUUAGUAUAUAAUGAAACAUUUGGAUAAUACAGUACAAAAAUAUGAUUUUAACUAAUUAAUUACUGCAACGAUUAUAAUUUUUCAAACGCAAAUCUCGCGCAAGUUGCUCGGAGAUGAAUAGCAAAAGAUAUUCGGAGUUUGAGCAGCCAAAUAGAGCGUGCCUUCAACGCCAUCCACUGUUUUAGUAUCUACUAAAACAUUGUCUCUGCUAUUGCUGGUUCAUCAGGACGCCCUAUGUGCCGCACACUGCCUUACAACGCUGCGGUUUCUUUUUUCAGUUACAUGUACUGGUCUGAAACUGGAUGGGACUUUCCCAGGAUUGAACGAGCUACCCUUGCUGGAACGGAGAGAAGGAUCAUUAUGGAUGAACAUCCAGCACUUAUACCAAAACUUUUGAUAAAUGGUUUGGUCAUAGACUUUUCUUCUGAUCUUUUGUAUUGGGUUGAUGCUCAAACUGAUAUCAUAGAGCGAAUGAAGUUGGAUGAAGAACGUAAAGCGGAAACUGUACACACGACCACAAGUCAUAAUUUGUACUCCUUUGGUCUGACGUGGUACGAGGAUAUUCUGUACGCAAGCGAGUUAAGAAGCCGAAGUAUCGAGAGAGUUAAUGUCACUGCAGGAGAGCACUUAAGAAACAUGGGGUGGUUGACCGAAAAGAUGACCUAUCGUAUCGCUCUAAAUAGUUCUUCAAGGGAACCGUCAGGUGAGUUGAAUUCUCUUAUUAAGGCAUAUUUUUCGGUUGUUAUUCGCUAAAGAAGAUGCAAAUAUUCUGAAAUAAUAGACAGGUGUAAUCGUUAAACAAAAAUUUUAAAUCCUGAUCUCCUGACGAAAAUAUUGUCUCAGUUUGCAUAACUCCUUAGGACACUUCCAGAGUAUCACCAUGUUCUUUCAACUUAGAGGUUCAUUACAAAAAAUUCAGCUAUUUCAGUAUGAAAGGGGAAUCAGUGAUCCAUCAUUCUAAUUACAGCGCUUGGUCUAUGAAAGAAAUUUGGUGUACACCCUCUAAAGUACUCGAGAGAGUCAACAGACCUACUUUAGGUCCUUAUUUCGCUGUAAUUUUUUAGGCGACUUUGGCAAACUUUGUCAAAAUAUAAAGGCGUCUUCAAGCGACCUAAGGAAACUUCAGGUUACUGACCUAGGCGAGGCCACGCGAAUUCAAAACCUUACUUGCAACAACUUGAGAUAUAUAUUUUGUACAACUCCAAUUGCCACUAUAUUGAGGCCUAUCAUAAAGUUAUCAGUCAUGCCGGUGCGAGAAAAGGUCUUAAAGGUAAUGAAAAAUAAAAUAAACCUAAAGCGAAAGAAAUAUACCUGAGGUGAAGGUAAAGAGGAUAUCGUGGACCUUAAUGAUGUUUGGUUUUCUCAUUUUUAUAGGCAUGACUGACUGCAAGAACAAUUCAGCAUGCAGUCACCUUUGUUUGUUGACCCCAACUGGCUCCCAAUGCGCAUGCCCCAAUGGUUUCAAACUGCUACCCGAUAAUGUUACUUGUAAUGGUGAGUCAUAUAAAAAAAAAUUCCUCUUUAAGGAAAUUUCUCCUUUACCUGACUUUGUGCUUUUAUUGUUUUUGCGUUUUACAGCUACUGGAGAGUCCCCAAAACCCCCUGUAGCAGGUUAGUUACGUAUUCCUUGUUAACGUUCUCACAUCAACUCCUGUUAUACUCCUAAUUAUAUAUUCCUCAAUGAGUGACAUGCUCUAUUUGGAUUAUGUAGGAAGAGAUUGUAAGGGGCAGUGAUGAGGAACUUUGGCUAUAACGAAAUGAAUGGAAGUUUUUCUAAGAUCAGAGCAAACCGGCUUAAAAAUGGAUGAUGUAUGGUAAUGAGAAAAACGUCCUAGUGAAAUAGUUAAAACUGAUUGUGCAUUAAAAAAUUACUAUCAAGAGACCACCAAACCAAAAAAUAAUGGAAAUGAACAACAACAAAAACAAAAAAAUAAAUAAAACAAAGGAAUAAAGAGAACAAAAAUAAAGUAACAAAAUAAACACAACAAUAGCACAAAUAAGAGAAUCUCAUCAUUAAUAUUUUUUUAAUCCCAAAAAGCGAUUGAGGUUAGGCUAAUGUUUGAAAGCAUACCAUCAAUUCUCGAGGGAAGAAUUGAAGUCAGGAUGAAAGGGGACAGCAAAAAUGAAUGGGGAACAGUUUGCAAUGAUCAUUUUGACAUGCGAGAUGCUCAAGUUGUGUGCCGCAUGCUCAACCACAGUGGAGCUGAGUCCGUUGCAUCAUAUGGUUCUGGAUCAAAUGAUUCUCCAAUUUGGCUAGACAAUUUGAAAUGUCGAGGAAACGAGGACUCAUUGAUGGAGUGUAAGCACCGUGGAUGGGGCCAGACAAAUUGUGGCCACUUCGAAGAUGUUGGUGUAAAGUGUAAAAAUGACAGUGCCCCAACUCCACCGGUGGUAGCCCCAAAUAGUAAGUUUUUUUAGAGCUCUGAAACUGUGCUGAAUCAUUUUCAAUUCUGAGCGAAAUUUAAAAGGGUUUGAAUUUCUGGCAAGUGCCUGUAUUUAAUAUGUCAAGCACCAUCUAAGUUCGUAAUCGUUAUCAAUCAGAUGGAAGACCAAAAAAGCAGACUUAGAUCUAGGUAUCUUUCAUUUUAAAGAAGGUAUACCAUAUAUUUCACUGUUUCGAGUAUUUUUAUCGUUUGACUCGUAAAAAUAGAUCAGAGAUAUCUUGAACACUCGAGGAGUUGUCAUUACCACAGUCGAUAACUUCCGGAAAAGAAAGACUAGGUGAUAAGUAAUUAUUCUUUCAGUCACUCUUCUAAUUUGCUAAGAUGACUCAAAUUAUCAUUCAGUGUUGUACCUUCACUUUGAUGGUUAAUAUGAUAAUUUUUUUAUUGUUAUUAUUUUGAUUUUGUUUUUGCAGUGACUAAAGGACUACCAGGAAGUGAGAGAUGUUUUAACUUUUUUAAUUUACGUAACAUAUUAAGCUGGUAACGUUGCAUUGCACGGGAAGUUAUAAAUGAACAACUCGAUAGCAGCCAUUACCACUGGAGAUUUAAUCUUCAACUUAACAUGUCAAAGGGAUUUCAAUCAACUGAAACGCGUCAAAAUUGAGUUUAAAUGCUUAGGUUCCCUGGCCUGGGUUUAGGGACAAGGAUCUCCAUUAGUUAACGAUCUUCAAUAAUCAUAGAAACCUCAGAGAUACACAGUUGAGUUUCCAAGACACUCCGAAGUAAGUAGGUAGCCUAUGACAUGAGACAUCAUCUACGCCGGCACUAAAACAGCCUUUUAUUCUCUUCCCUUGAAGAUGUAACAAUACGGUUACGAGGAGGCCCUACUGAACACGAAGGCCGCAUAGAAAUUACACAUGAUGGACAAGUGGGUACAAUAUGCGACAACGAUUUUGAUAUCAAAGACGCACAUGUAAUCUGCAGGAUGCUAGGAUUUGAAGGAGCUUGGUCGACUAUGUGCUGUGGACGGUACGGGACUGGAACCGGUGCGAUAUGGUUGGAUAGCUUGCAGUGCACUGGAAAUGAAACUUCCUUGUCAGAAUGUCCACACUUAGGCUGGGGGAAUUACUAUAGCGUCUGUACUCAUGCCAACGAUGCUGGAGUUUACUGUAUACCUAAUCCUGUCAUACCUCCGGGUUAGUUUCAUUCGACAAUAAAUAACAUUAAGGUGAUACUUUUUAUAUUUCGUAUAGAUGUAACCCGUGACAGGGUGAAAAGUUUGUGUUCUUACAACUGUUGGGUUAAAUCGCGCGAAGGAUGAAGUUAGUCCUAAAUAGGAUGAGAUAAAUAUUAAGAACGUAUUAAUUUAUCACCCCACGAAUUGAGUCUCCCUCCCCAGCAAAAUUAACAAAACAAGUCAGAGGGAACAAGAUAAUUUGGUUAUAUUAACUGACAGAGUUGAUCAUGAAAAUUGGCCACCGUAAAAAUAUUCCAUCUAACGUUUCGAUUGUUAGCCCAUCUAUUAAUCUACAUUAUCAACUAAAUUAAUAAAACCAAAUUGUCUUGUUAUAUUUCCCCACCGACGCACCACCACAGAGGAAAGUAUUUUUUUUAAAGAUGCUUAAUUAUCUUCUGUUAAUCUACAGACAAUAAGAUUCGCUUGGUUGAGGGCACAAGUGAGAAUGAGGGUAGAGUUGAAAUAUUUCACAAGGACCGAUGGGGCACGAUAUGCGACGAUGACUGGGAUCUUAAUGACGCCAAUGUGAUCUGUCGCAUGUUAAACUACAGUGGCGCCUUGGCUGCGCCUAUCUUCUCUGCUUACGAUGUUGGCUCCGGGCAGAUUUGGCUGGACGACGUUAAUUGUGUGGGAAAUGAAUCCAGCAUUGAAGAGUGUCUGCAUGGCGGAUGGGGAAAUCAUGAUUGCUCACACAACCAAGACGCCGGUGUUAUUUGCCAAACAAAUGAGAGUGCUCUACCAUCUUACGGUAUGGUACAGAAUUUCUAUGUCACAUGAAGUUGCCCAAAUUGAAGACUCUUUUCAGUGAGGAAGAGCAGCAAUUUUUAGCAGCAAGUAGUUUAGAGACUCGGAAAACGAAUCAAUAUUGACCACUUCUCGUGCGACAGUCGUACUUUGAUAAGUACGACUGAUAACAAUGAAAUCGAGAUUCUUGGAAAUGAUACCAGUUCCAUCAAUUAAAACCUUUAUCCCGUAUUCGCUCAAAGAGCAAAGAGGCUGAGUUUCCGAUGCGUUUGACUCUAUGCCAAAAAAUUGAACAAAACUGGUUUAAAAAAACGUCUUUGAUGCAAUUCUUCGGUACUCAGUAGAUUGUUGGAUAUUUGCUGGUUGCAAUGAUUUCGUAAACACCACCGCCGUGCUUUAAAUAAUUAUCAAGUUAAAAAAAUUCUUUUCAUUCUGAGGUAGUCCAUGUUUACUCUGAUAAUUUUCCUUUUAAUUGAAUUUCCAUGUGCCGAACGUAGCAAAGAAUCAUUAAAAACCAUAUUUUCCCCUUUUUUUCUAACAGAAAGCAAGAAAAGCCUGCUGUUCUCUGAACACUGGCGUGGAAUUAUAUUUCAAGUUAACUUAGAAGGAAACGACCACCGAGCCGCCCCUUUACCGAUUGAUCAUCUCCGCGGCUUGUCUGCUGUCGGCUUCGACCCCGUGGAAGAGCUCGUGUACUUUGCAGAAUAUGCUCCAGGGAUAAUCCAGCGUUCACAUCUAAAUGGAAGCGAUGCUGAGACUAUUGUCAAUGGCAUUUACUACGCAAACCGUUUAGCAAUCGAUCAUCUUACCCGCAACAUCUACUUCUCAGACAGCUCGAAAUACAGAAUUGAUGUAGCGACCUUAGAUGGGAAGCACCGAACGGGUUUGAUUUCUACAGUUUGGCCAGAGGGUAUAGCCUUAGACCUUAAAAAUGGGUGAGUGCUCAAUCAAGUCUUUCCCUAUGAUAAAACGAAGAAAUAUGCUCCUUAUCAUUUUUUGUCUUUAUUUUCACCCAGGUACCCUAAGAAAAUAAUAGAGAAAAAAGAAACUAAUGUAGAAUAGCAUUUUGAGCUUGCUGCAGUACGAAAAAAUUAAUUUGACGCCUUUGGCACCGCGCAAAGAAUUAAACACUUGUUGCUAAAUUGAAAUGAAAUGUUGCAGGAUAUUUUUGUGGGUUUUAAUAGUCCCUCGCAAAACCUAUUUACUCUCAAAGUGACCCUUUCUGUAAAGGCUUGAUUCAUUGUAAAAUCUGAAUAUAACCUAAGCAUCGAGCCCUACAGAUGACUGAAGGUGGAAAAGAGAGAUAGGUCGGUUUACAUUCCGCCAUUUGUUAUGUGGAUAUGAUAUAGAAUCAUCAUACCUAAAUGUAUCCAUGAAAUUAUAUCUGCUUUUAUUCAGACACAUUUAUUGGGCAAGCCAAGGAUACCCACCAACCAUUGAAAGAGCAGACUUGGAUGGAAAUAAUCAAAAAGUUAUUUUCACCUUGACAGAAGAUUCCUAUCCCAGUGGGCUGACGGUAGAUUACAAUCUGAAUCGUUUGUAUUGGACCGAUAGAGGUGUCCAGGAAGUUUACUUCAUUGAUCUACAAACAGGUGGAAACCAAGCAUUCAUAACAAGAGAGAUAAUGGACCCAGUUGACUUGACUAUACAUGGCGAUACCGUGUAUGUGACGGAUUUAGGAAGCGGUAGCGCAUGGGAUGGUGGCAUUUACGGCUCUCAAUUAGCAGGUCCUGGAAAUUUUUCGCACGAGAACGGUAAUGUCUCUAAACUCAUUGGCUUGAUGAAGUUUACUUGGGGUAUAGACUCUUACGACAAAGACAACAUUUUCCAAACAGGUAAGCAAAUUUCAACCAACCCUGAGCCAAGCUGUCUUCUUAAUAGCAUUCAUUAGUUCACCGUUUGUGGCGCUGCUGUUUUAUGAGCGAGGUUUAUAAAUGAUGAUUGAGAUACUCUGGAAUUUCAAUCUGUAAUAUAUUUCUUAGGGCCCAUGCUUGAAACACAGCCCAAUCUUACCAUAAAAAUCGCACCACUUUCCGUUUUUAAAGUAGGAAUUGUCAGUGCAACAAAGCAGUCUGGGGAGUGAAUAUCAAUCGCCAGUUUGUCCCGUAUGUUUUUUUUUAUUUCAUUGUUGAGCCUUAGAAGCCAUGUGAUAAAUUUUAAUGUAGGUUUGUAAGAAAAAUAGUACCCUUCUGGCCUGCUAAAAGAUUUGGAUGAUAAUGCGUGCGCUGAAAUCUUCAAAACUUCCCGAACAACUUUUCUCUUUCCGCAUAACAUUUCAGCCUCGGAAUUCAUGCUACGAUAUAUCACAUGCAGGAAGAGGCUUACUUCUCAAGUAACUGGAUUAGCCAAGACAUGAUGAUUUGCACUUUUAUGUUUACAGACCCUCGUGGAUGCCAACGGAGUGACCAGAAAUGUAGUCACCUUUGCCUCAAUGCGCCAUCCGGGCCACAUUGUGUAUGCCCCAGCGACAUGGAGCUGGUGAACUCAACAACAUGUAAGAACACCCAGUGCCCUACAAGGGCCUAGCUAGGUUGGGGGGGGGGAUCCUGGGGGUGCCCGUGAUCCCCAUUUUAAACCUACAAUUUUAGGUGACGAAAACUUGUGAGUAACUUCUGUUUGAUCCCCCUUUAAAAAGUCCUUGCUCUAUAAAGUCCUCUCUGCCUCGUGAUGCGUUCAUUUAAUUUCAACUUACAAAUUUGAUAUCAUACUGUAACUAUUCACGCUUUAUACAGUUAUUUAACGCCCUAAUUUUUUAUCACAGUCUUACUCUUAUUGCAUGAAUGAAGCGCAAUGCCAAAAAAAUGGUGCUCACCCGAUCGGAAAACGAGCAUUAUCUCUUGGAAAACAGCAUUAUGCAAACGUUUUCUAACAUUUUCCAAAUGGAAAAUCCAAAAUUUCCUGUUGUUUUCUUGUUGGUGAAUUGAAGUAUCCAGAAAACGACUGUUCAUUGGCUUUAUACAGUUGCGUGAUGAACGAAGUUGAAUAUCGAGUUUUCACUGCGUUAGCUGACUCGUGACAACACACAGAAAAUACUAUGUUAAAACACUCCAGAGAAAGUUAGAAAACAAUUGAAAAUUCAGUAUGAUAACCAGUGUAACGAUCGUGCUGGAAAACUAUAUACAUAAACCGAAUAUCAUGUUUUCACCGCGUUCACCGCUUCAGGAAAAUACAAAACGAACAACGUGACAACUUACGCUGGAUAACCGAUCAAAAAUUUCAAAGAAAACAGACUGAACAGAGGAGUUUUCCAGACGCCGGCAAACAUGCUAUGAAAACCAUGUUUUUCUUGCGUUUGCUCAUAAUGAGUACCGAAUAUGCGGAGCGUUCUCCGUAUUAGGAAAACGGGAUUUUAACAAGAAAAAUUAAAGGUGAACGAGGGGCGUUUGCCCUGGGUACUCCUUGCGCCGUAUGGAACUCAGUGACAGCACUUACCUGCAUAGAAAUUCCCCGCGGGGAAAUACUUUGAGUCCACUGUGAUUCGAAUGAACUAACAACAAAUUUGUUUUAGAUCUUUCUUUUCAUUAAAUUUUCCGAUAUUUGAAAAAUAAACGAAAUGUAUGACCCACAGCACUUAUUUUUGUCUGUCUUUUCUUGGACUUCCAAGGCAAAUAUCUUCGGCUGAUUCUGCAUACCGAGUGUUACUUCAGUGAGAUCUACAAGUCUCCAUUGGGUGGAGAUGACUUGUUUUCAGUGGCAAAUACUCUGCCUCUUGAACAGGUGGCCUGUCCAUCGGCUAUCGCAUCUCACUCGGCAGAGGAGAAGAUUUAUUGGUCGGACCUGACAAUGAAACAUAUCGCUCGUUCAAACCUGGAUGGUACAAAUGAGGAAAUAAUCUUACAAAAUGUGAGUUACUCUAUGGCAAUUGCUGUGGACAGCUACGCAGGAAACAUAUAUUUCACUGACAGGGACAAGAAAACAGUUGAAGUCGCAAAGCUCGAUGGAAAGUACAGAAAAGUGCUUAUUCAGAGCCAAACGCAUAAUCUGGUUGGCUUGGCGAUUGACAAUCAACGAGGGUGAGUGCAUCUAGAAUUGUAUGUGAGAUUGUUACGUAAAAAAGUGCUGUGCAUCCAACGAACAGAAUGAAAAGAUCCGAGUAUUGACAAACUCUCCUGUGGCUGUUGCUGGUAUUAUUUUGCCCCUCUGAUCUUACAUAGACAUCGAGAGGUAAAUUUUUUUUAAUAAUCCGAGUUACCUGAAGGUAAAUACGCCUCUUUUCACUCGUGAGUAUACAUGGAUACAACCAUUUUAGAAUACCUUGGUGGUUACCUUCAUUAGAUUAGCAUCUCAUCCAAGAGGGAAACUCCAACGAUAAGCUCCAAUAACAACUGGCCACUCCCACAAUGAGGGACUUUCUUCUCAAAAAGAAAACGUUAUGAAUGUCUCUCAGACAAGAUAUUAUAGGUUUAUAAUCUCUAGCUUCCAGAGAAUUUUUAUUAUCGUUUUUGUAUGUGGGAGAGUUUUUUUUCCAAUGCAUUCAAAUGUACGCCAACUGUAAAUACAUACUUGGUUUGACUAAAGGUCAUUUACACUGAUGAUGAGAAACUCUCUGAAAAAAAUGCUUGUGUGAAUUUAGAUAUAUGUACUACUCUGCUUGGGGAGAUCCGACGAUGAUUAACAGGGCACAACUGGACGGAAGCGAUAUUACCACAUUGGCGGAGUUCACUGAAUUUCCCUAUCAGCGACCCACCGCGCUCGCCAUAGAUGUAGACGAAAAUGUUUUGUAUUGGGUAGGAGAUCAGGAUCCUAGUUUGCAGUACAUUGACCUUCGUUAUCCAAAUAGUGAAAUCGUGUAUCAAAUCGACUACAGCAAUUACUUACAUUAUCCCUUGGGGCUUGCUCUUGACGCUCACUACUUUUACUGGACGGACUGGUUGCUAGGAAACGUUAUAAGAGCCAGCAGAGGUCAGGACUCGGUUGUUGUCGAGCUGAUUCCCUACCAGUACACACCGAGAGGCGUCAACAUAUUUAACCCUGAGGAUGUACAAGGUGACUUAAAUGCUUAGAUAUGAGCUUUGAAGAUAUUGUAAGGCUAAUAUUAUGUAAAAGUAUCCUUCUUAAGUCAGAAUUUUGUAUAAACAUUUUCAAUCUUAUCUCAAAUUUCUUUGCAGAGGGACAAACCCGUAUCAUUUAUCUUUCUCCGCUAGGAAAUCUGCGCUACCUUUCUGACAUAACUAAGUUUCAUUAUUGCUUCUUCCACAGAAAUAGUAGGAUUCUCGGCUGACGCGAUCUCAUAGGCCGGCUCGGUCUCAUCAGCGAUCAUUCCAAACUUAAAAUAGUUGUAAUUAAAGAAAAUAAGGGUAAUAGCUGCCAACCAUAUUUUUCGCGACGUCUCCUAAUUCAAAAUGCUACAUAGAAUUUUGAGGUGAUCACAGGAAGGGUCUCUCCCCAACUUUUUUUGUUCAACUAGUUCUGAUAUUUCAUCACGUUGCGGCUCACAUACGCUCGAUGGAGUGAAGAUGUUUUUCAUUCUGCGUUUCAAGGUACUGAUUGCUAUUAAUAAAAUAUUUUCUAGAUUAUCAUCCAUGUGUUGAAGAAUGCAGUCAUCUUUGUCUUUUGAAACCUGGUGGCUAUAAAUGCGCAUGUUCCGCCGACACCGCUACUCCCUGCUUUGAGAGCAUUAACAUCACGAGUAAGUUGCGAUCAGAAAAUUAGUUAAUUCAGUUGAAUCAGAUGAUAUUUAACAUAAAAAUUUUUUUAUCUUUCAAGAUGUUUUCGGCUGCACUAACGACCCAAGUCUUUAUUUUAUUGACGACCACCACAUCAAAUGUAUUGAUUUGGAUUCCACUAACAAGACGUACGUAAGCGUUAAGACAGUGAGAGGUGACCUCAUAAAAGGAGGCGCAAUCGAUCUAGACCAUCGGGAGAGAAUGGUAUUUUGGAGUGAUAACGCCUUAUGGACUUUAAAUCGAAUGAGCCUUGUUACUGGUGAAAGUGAGGUAAAGGAAUCUUCUACUUUUUCCUUUUUUUAACCAGCACUGUAAAUAGGACUUUAGGCGAUAGCGUGACCUAGAGACAUAGACAUUUUAGGUUAUUAUUCAUGCCGAUCGAGGGCAUCUUUUGUUAUACUAGAUUCUGGUAUAUAGUAAUGACUUGAUAUUUUGCCGCUGUAGUCCCUAUGAAAGGGAUUUAAUAAAGCAUUAUGGGUCUAUGUAAAGGUCGCGACUGAUUUCUUAAUCCAAAGUACAGCAAAAUGGUCGGGAGACUCGUGAGGCUACUGGCAUAGGGAAUACAUAAAAAAUUGCAGUUUAAGAAAAGCAAGAACCAGCUUACAAAAAAGAUAGACUUAAAUUUUUCAUAGGUUAAAAUGUAUCCUUCUUCUCAGAAAAAUGUACACUCAGGUAUAUCAAGUGGGAUAGAAAUGAGUAAUAGACGUAUUCCUGAAUUUAAUGGAUUAUAAACUGUUCGAUGCAUUUUGGUUAAUGAACCAUGUGCUUUAUUGAUUAAAGGUCAUUAUUAGAGACGAUCUGGGACAAGUAGAUGGCAUCGCUGUUGAAUGGGAGAGCGGUCUGCUUUACUGGACUGAUUUCAUCUUUGAGAGGAUUGAAGUGGCAACGCUGGACGGUAAAUUCAGAAAAACUUUAAUUUCAACCUCUUUAUACAGCCCUCGUGGAAUUGCUGUUGAUCCAAAGAGUGGGUAAGUCAUUAAAGUCCUUAAAGCCUUUUGACUGGCGCAGCCAGUAAGAAACAGAUAACCUCCUCAUUAAUUUUGAUCCAUUCAGGGAAUAAUACAGUACCGCUUUCUGGCUUUUUGAUGGAAAAAGCACGGGGAAUCCUAUUUCAGAAUCAUGACAAUUGCUAUGAAUGCAAUCAAAAUGAAAACUGUGAAACAUUUAAGAAUGAUAUUAGACACUUAAUUGUGUCGCUGGCCGAAAUUAUCACGAUGACGAUGAUGACGACGACGACGAUGAUGACAACGACGACGAUGAUGACGAAGAUAAUGAUGACCAAGAAGGAUGCAAAUGAUUGGGAUAUUUUAGAAUAAAAUAAAGUCUUUUUAAUGUCACUGCUAACGCCUGUUGGCGUGCUGCUUCUAGACUCGAGUGUACUGAAAACCCAUAGAAAGGCACUCCUGAUAUAUGUUACUUUCUUUCUCUCUCUCUCCCAUUCCCUCUCUCGUUACCAAUCUCUCUCAAGGUACUUGUUUUGGACAGACUAUGGAUUCGAUCAUCCAAGAAUUGAACGAGCAGAUCUAACCGGUGAAAAUCGAACAAUCGUGGUUGAAUUUGGAUAUGACUGGUUCUUUCAGAUUUUCCCUAUGAGUGUUAUUAUUGAAUAUGAGACCGAGACUAUCUAUUGGAUAGAUCGUUACGACAAUUACAUCGAUCAAGCAGACUUAGACGGGAACAACAAAGCCAAUUUGGAGUUCAUCGUGCAGAACAUAAAUCCCGCAGAUUUAGCUUUGUAUGGCGACUACCUCUACUGGGCGGACAGAAAUAGUCGCAGCAUUGAGUAUUUUAAUAAGACGGAGGGUAAAGGCCAGCAUUAUAACUUUGGACAUCUUACUGAUGACACGCCAGCAGGUGUUGUGGUAUCAGACGAGUCAAGACAACCAGUUGGUAACUGAAUUUCAUUUUUUUUCUCAUACAGUUCUGCUCUCGUUACCUCUAAUGCCCUGACCAUUCUGUGAAAAUUUGCUGAGAUAUCCGGGGUAAAAGUAACUGCAUUGGCGCACGAACGCCAUAGACAUAUUAAAGUUUUAGAACACGUAACUCGAGCCGAGAUAAAUUUUUCCUUUGUCUAACAACUCACUGCUUUUUUUUCUUCAGCGUCUCCAAUGAACAGGCCACCGUGUCGUAUUAACAAUGGAGGGUGUAGCCAUCUCUGUUUAUUGGCUCCUAAUGGAGGAAGCAAAUGCGCCUGUCCAAAUGGUGUAGAAUUAGAAGCCGGGGGAAAGACUUGUAGCAACGGUAACUAAAUUACCUAUUAGAUUCCCCAUAUGCCACUCAUAACUCUGACUUUACCCCACUUUAUCCUUACCAACGUAUAACGUAGCUUAGAAACACUGUUUUAAAACCCUGUUACAGUUGCUCCUUCCAUCUUCUCAUUCCGUUCAAAUUUCACCUCUACCAAAUAUUCUCGCUGAGAGAAAUGCAUGUGAGAAGUCCGUACAAUAACUUUGUUUUUCAGUCAAUAUUGCACAGUUAGACCAAUAUGUUCUGUGUAAAGGUAUUGAUGACGAAAAGAAAUGCCCCGCCACAGAUUCCAAGGCUCAGCCUCUACCUCGGCUUUAACCCUUUAUUUCUCCUUACGGUCGGUCAUACAAUUGUUAUGAUGAUGGUUCGGAGAACUUGGGUUGGAUCAAUUAAUAAUCCCAUAAUUGACAUCGUUCAGUAUUCUGGUCACCUGUCUAUCUGGAAUUGUAUUGUGAAGAGAAAAUCUGCUUUGGUCAUUUAUGGUAAUUAAAGGGUUGAAUAACGAUAAUUCUUUAGCUGAUUCCAUUUCUUUGUUUCCAAUUUUUAUAGCUACUCAGCCAAAACCACCACCGCCACCUGUACCAGGUAAUUUCUAAUGUGUACUUCUUUUUAGUUAAUUUUGUGUUGCGCUGAGGCGCAAUCAUGGCAUUUUGCUAACAUCUGAUACUUUUUUUUUAUGGUUUACAUUUCAUUUGAAUUCUUUCGAAAAAUUUACUGUUAUUUUACGAGUUCUAACUCUCUCUGUCUCUACUACCUGUUUUCUGCAUGAAUUUUUACAUCGUCUCUUCUAGAGGGUGGAGGUGGAGCAAAUAGUUAAAACUGUGGUCAUGCUAUCGAUUAAGAACACAAGAGAUUAUGGGAGAAGCAAACAAAGCAUAUUGGAAGAUGUUACCAAAUUACUAACGAAUUGCUCGAUUUCCUGUUAUAAUUGUAUGUUGAAAAUAAUUCGGAAAAAGGCUCUCAGGAAUAUGGAAUGUAAUUGUUUACACGUUUGAUCAUAGUAAUUCUAGGUUUUCUGGACAUCUACUGAGUAUAGUCGACGUUUUUCUCACAGAUCUCAAAGUACGCCUUAGUGGCACCAACUCAUCUCACGAAGGUCGCGUUGAAGUGUAUCAUCAAGGAAGAUGGGGAACAGUCUGCGACGAUCAUUGGGACAUGAGUGAGGCUACAGUGGUCUGUAAGAUGUUGAACUUCACGGGAGCCAUCCGUGUGGAAUCCUUCGGCCCAGGGAACUCUUCGUUUCCCAUUUUAAUGGAUAAUGUCAAGUGCCGUGGCGAUGAAAAAAGUAUCGCUGCCUGUCAGCACAAUGGCUGGGAGAUGAGUGAUUGCGGCCAUGGCGAAGACGUAGGAGUUGUGUGCAGGAAUAAUUCUAUUCCUACCACUGAAGGUAGGAACUCCCCAGUCUGCCUUAAAAAGCUUGGAUUUCGAGACACUAGGAUGAAGACACAACGAGGGUGUUACUUAGAUUUUCUUUUUGCAAAAGGCGUUCAUGUGGUCGGUCGAUGCUUUUUCGUUUGUUCCGAUACGUUUUCAGCUUUAUCCCAGACGUAGUUGCCUUGAAUCCUUUCACUUCCGAGAUGUCAAUAGCAAUUCCCCUUGCCGUCUGCUAUACAAUCCUCGUGAUGUUAGUUUGGAGAAUUUGGUAUUGGAUUAACAAAUAAUCCCCUGAUUGAUACUUUCAUUUUUCUUAUCACCUGCUGGCAAAAUUGUUUUGUGAGGAGAAAGUCUGUCUGAGUCACUCAUGGGAGUGAAAGGAUUAUGUAUGCCAUGGUCAAUGCUCUUGUUUCUCCUCAUAAGGGGUAUUGUAAUCAUAUUGUGAUUAUAGGGAAAAUGCAGUUUAACAAACGAGACAUCGUUAUCGCUGCUCUAUAGCCUCGCAAUCUCGUUGCUAUAAUUUCACUUUAUUUCAUAUUUUCUUCCUUCAAGGUCCAACCUUAGACCCAGGCCCUCACCCUGGUGAGUUUAUUUGUUAUAUAAAAAUUUUUUAAUUUACUUUCCUUAAAACAGUAUUCUAUGUCGAAACCCCAUUAAGUUUGUCAUAUCGACGAGUGAUUGCAUACAAGUUAGAGAUUAGGCAUGAGAGUAUGGAGCCCACGACCUAUUACAUUAUACUUAACAGAACUACGGGUUCGAUUGCGCUCUGGAUAUACGUCAAAUCAAGGAAGAGUAGAAAUUUAUCUAAACGACACAUGGGGAACCGUAUGUGACAACAACUGGGGAAUCGAAGAAGCAAACGUCAUUUGCCGCAUGGUGGGGUUCAGCGAAGGUGCUUGGAGUACACACUGCUGCGGCUGGUACGAUGGAUACAGAACACCAAACCAGAUUUGGUUGGACAAUGUGGACUGCGUCGGUGAUGAAACAAGCAUUGCAGAGUGCCGCCAUAGCGGAUGGGGAAGUCACAACUGCUUCCAUUCUGACGACGUUGGUGUAGUCUGCAAAUACACUCCACCCCCAAGGCCAGGUAGAUAUUCUGGUUGGCAUUUUUAUUGAAAUGCUGGUUACUAUUAUUUUCAUUCCCUAAUAGAAAAGAAUAGACGCACAAAAUAUAUCACUUUCUUUAGAGGAUAACUAACAAAUGGGUGAACUGGAAUUCGUUUGACUUUUUUUCUGACAGGAGUAUAGAAUAUUCCAAACACGAAAACAUGAACAGGAAAUCUGCGCAUGUAAAUUCGUGCUGAAAUUAUCCAGGCAUUUUGCUCUUUUCAAAGGUAUAAGUUGGACUCCUACUUGAGGAACACAUGUUCGUGGCAAAUGCAUAUUGUCCUUAAGACCCAGCAUGCCAAGUAAAGACAGAAACCCCAACACUUUUGUCAACUGACCGGAUUCUUAUGGUUUCUGGCUAAAUAAGGCUUUUGAAUAUCUCUCCACCCUAUUUAAAGUAUAAAAUGUACCACAGCCUAGUCAUUUGUUGUAAAUUUGAGUUUCUAAAUGAUACGGAAGAAGGAGCAAUUGAUUCAAAGUUAGCCACUGACACAAAAAAAAUUUACUCGUGGCUCAACUUUGUAUCAAGCUUGGUCAGGAGCCCAAUAGGUAAUGGGUUCCUGGCUUGGUUAACCAAAAAACAUUUUCUUUUUUUUUCUGAUUCCGAAAAUACUUAAUUGUGUUGUCUUAUGUUCACUUAACAUAUAAUACCUUAAUUUUUUUCUCAGAUCAAAUUUUGAGACUAGCUGACGGAGUACGUGACGGCGAAGGAAGAGUAGAGAUAUUUCAUGACGGCCAUUGGGGUACCAUUUGCGACGAUCUAUGGGAUACAAAGGACGCGCAGGUGGUUUGCGGCCAACUUGGAUAUAGCGAAGUUCUUGCUGCUCCUGCGUUUGCUACAUUUGGUGAAGGGAAUGGUCAUAUAUGGUUAAGUGACGUGAGUUGCCUGGGCAACGAAAGCUCAAUUGAAGACUGUCCUCAUCGCGGAUGGAGUGUAUACGGCUAUUGCUAUCACGAGGAAGACGCGUCGGUUAUCUGUUCAAAUGAAACCCAGAAUCUAGGUAAGUUGUACACCAUAACGUUAUAGAUUCAUUUAAAAAGUCAUGUUUUUUAAUCAAGUGCAGAAGAACCGUUAUGAUACCAAAAAAAAUGGAUUCAGAGGUUGCUUUCGGAAGGAGAAGUUGUAUCUUUAAAAGUGGUGUAGUCUUCGAAAGCAGCGUAUGCAAUAAGUUUUUCAAAUGAUUCUACUAGUAUCUCAAAUUUACGGUAUAAAAAUGGAUUCAGGGGUUUGAUUACUGUUUAGGGUCUCAAACAAAACUAUUCCUUUUUUUUCAGUCAUAUAUUUGGCGUGUUCUCGACCCUUCUGAUCGACUUAUGGCAAUUUCAAUAAUGGCUCUUUUUUAUGUAUUUCCUUGAAAAUAUCACCCCUGUGCUCACUCAAGUCUUUUCCUGCAAAAUUAAAAAAUCACUCCUCUUAGAUCCAGUCUCAAAUAUUUUCAUUUGCAGACGGAGACGAUUUUCUGUUAUUUUGCGAGAGCCGUCGGAAACUGUGUUACUUCAUGCCGCUGCCACAGGAAGCCCCAGCACAAACAACGGCACUAAAGCUUGGAUUAUACUAUAUGCCCGUCGCAAUUUCCUACGAUCCAAUGCAUGAACAAAUGUACUGGACGGAUGAAUAUGGAAGAAUCUUCCGCGCAUUCAUUAAUAAUGGCUCUAUAGAAUUGGUGGUGACGGGAAUUGGCAAUCCAAUGGGCAUUGAAUUAGAUCUUGUUGGAAGGAACAUCUACUUUGCCGACUAUUACGGCGACAAAAUCAGCAUUGCUUCUCUCGAUGGGGCACAUCAAAAUGUCCUCGUUUACGUACCUAACCCACAAGCGAUCACUUUGGACAGCGAAUCAGGGUAUUUUCAUUUAAUAUAUUGUAUAAUUCAGCUUCUGUAACAAGUAUAUACUGUUCUCCUGAUGCAGUUCUACUUUUCCUUCGCCCUCUUUGUCAUCAAUGGGAUCAAGCUCAUAGUAACGGUUAACUAUUUAAUCUUAUGUUGUGCAAGUAUUCUAUUUUGUAUGAGGUUUUAACCUCUCCUUAUUCCAUCAUGACUGUCCAAGUCGGUUUCCUUUGGCCGGGCGGUAUUCACCUCUUCACAAAUUCAGUAAAUUUCCAUGUAAUAUCGCUGAAAAAGUUACAGCUGUGAAAAUUGGAUAAGGAAAAACGAUUUUCGGCUUAACAAACUCAGUAUGGCGUAUCAAGUAUUCAGUCAUUCAAGAGAAGGGAGCCUCAUUCAUAUUUCUCACCCUCAAGAAUUAGGGCGGUGCUUCGUUGCACUGAAUUGAAUUUCGGAGUGGCCGAUUAAAAGACCAGCACGAAAGGAGUACCUUUCGAAAUAAAUUAAUUUGCUUUAGUUUUAUUUUCAAUUCCGUGCCAAUAUGGAUUUAGGUGCAAAUUAAAAUUUGGUAGAUUGAUCAGUUUCUCAACUACCUGUGCCAAGUGAACAGUUUAUAAUCUCUUGUCUAUGCUUAUUUUGCUGAGGAAAAAUUAAGUGAUCGCAUAUUAGAUUUAAAAACUGAACGUACGUGUAGAUAUUUCCCUCUAAAUCUCACUAAUGACAUAUGAAUUUCUUAUCCAAUAAAAAGCCCCCAUAGGCUGGUCAUAUUGUUCCACAUUGUUUUUACACCUUUUUUUUUCUUUGUAAACAGGGUCAUGUAUUAUUCAUCACUUGGUAGCAGCCCCAUGAUAUCUAAAGCAGAUAUGGAUGGUAAUAACCAACAAGUUAUCGCAAAUUUGUCAUCCGUUACUUACUACACUUUCCUUGACAUAGUUCUGGAUAAAGCUAGCAAACGCUUGUUCUUUUCUGACCAAACCAAUGACGUUAUCAAAUACAUCGACUUGACCAAUCAUGAGAUCCAUACGCUGAUUUCCGGAAAUCUUCACUCGCCAACUGGACUGGCGCUGUUUAAAGACACCUUGUACUGGACUGCCACAGGUGAAGGACAAUUCACGGGAGUCGUGUUCAAAGCCAACUUAUCUGACGGCGCGGUGGCAAAGGCGCAGGUCGACGGUCUUGGAGAACCAAGUGGAAUUUAUGCCCACAACUCCAAGACUUCUCAAGUUCCCGGUAAUCAAAAUAUUAUUUAAAGAAAUGACCUAUUAAUUUUUAUUAACCGAGCGUGAGGGCCGCACUGGAGAAUAUUUGCCCAAGGUUAUGGUCAUAAUGACCAAGCGAAGCGUGGUGCGUUUAUAAGCGGCCGAAAGCCAAUAUUUCGCACUACUGCUUGUGCAAGCGAAGUUAGUAGGUAGUUUUUUGUAUGGCACUUAUGACAAACUUUAAAUUUUCCGCCUCUUGCGAACAAAAAUUCAUGGCGUAUCACCGUUUCCGUAUGACAAAAUACCGACCAGUAUUUACUGCAGUAAGAACCAAUCAGAACGCUCGGAUUUACCUCAAGACUACCUUUGCCAAAUAAUAAUACCUCAUAUUUUCAUUACAACCAGUAAAGUAGUCACUUACUGGCUCGACAAGUAGUGCAGCAUGUCACCCAAUCUGUUGAUCAACUUAACCUAACAGUAGCUUACUUACUAUUGGAUUACAUCUCUAUUUCAGGGCCAUCGCCGUGUGAAAAUAAUGCUGGAUGUUCACAGCUCUGCGUUGUCAAUCCCACUGGUAGUAGAUGUAUGUGUAAGGCUGGACAGGUGCCAGCGGAAGAUGGAAUAUCUUGUAAGUGUAUUUGUACCUUUUGCACUAUUUCGUUUAUUAAUAUGAUUAAGCUUAUGUUUAAGAUUAUGAUGAUUAUUAGUAUUACUAUUAUUAUCAUUAUUAUUAUUAUUAUUAUCAUUAUUAUUAAUAUCCGGUUUAUGGUGAGGGUUUAUAAUAGUCUAAUGAAUAAACAAAGGAUUUGCCAAUAACUUAAUCGGUUACCACUCACAUCUGAUUCUUAUGAUUCACUAACUACACCAUCUCUUCAGAUAGAGAUGGGAGCGGUUAUUUACUUAUGCUGACAUCAAUCCAUUAAAUUUCUUGACUUCAGCAAAGCAAGUUGACAAAUCGAUGUCACUGAUGCAUAUCAGAGUACCCACACACAUUUUAACCUUAGUGAGAAACAAGAAGGGCACCGUUACGUUUUGACACAACCUAUUAUCUAACUCUUAAUCGAAGAUCUGGUAGCGAAGCCAGAACCUAAAUGUUUGACGGAGAAUUCGUAUGCUGUGACCCCUGUGCAAACAAGAACUAGGUUUCUUCGUCUUGACCUGCAGGUAUUCUUGGUGAUGUCAUAUUUGUUGCCGAUACCAAUCACCAGAAAAUCUAUUUUGCUGGGCUCACAGAGAAAAUUCUCAGCCCUCUGCCAAUCUCAAAUAUGGAUACUCCAACUGGUAUUGCUUUUGAUCCAAUCGAAAAGCGAAUCUAUUGGACUGAUCCCAAACUCGGCAUAGUCGCUCGAUCCACAUUUGAUGGAGAGACGUAUGAAGUAAUUCGCGAGAACGUUAGUUCACCAAUGGGCAUCGAUGUGGACCUUGUGGGAGGCAACGUAUUUUGGAUUAACAGCGACAAAAGGACCAUAGAUGUCUCAAAGCUGAACGGCGAUCACUGGAAAGUGUUAGUUUAUAAUUUGCAUCCAUCUCCGGUGGACAUCGCUUUGGAUACAACAAGAGGGUAAGCUAAAAUAACGUUUUUCAGUUUUAUUAUUCAGCAUUUGCAGGCAGUUUAACUCGCCUUCUACGCCAUAGUUGUAUUAGAGCAUGCAAAUACGACUUAUCACACUCUAUAUCAUAAUGCUUUUUAUGUAGUCUGAAAGGGCAAGAUCAAACUUUUAGUGAUAUUAGGAUAAGUUAGUUUCUAAGUUAGUUCAUUCUGAUUUUUACCUUAACUCAGGUAUAUGUACUGGUCAGCUGAAGGAUACAUUGAAAGAGCAGAGCUGGACGGAUUGAACAGACGCAUAAUUGCCUCUUUGGGUGAAACUUACUACGGUUCCACAAUCGAUGCUAGAGGCCUCACUUUAGAUCAUGAAAUGAAUCGCCUCUACUUUGUGAGCUACUUUGAAUAUGCUUUACUGUAUAUAGAUCUCGACUCAGGUAGCCACAGCGUACAAGUAAUGCUGCGAAGCUUUUUUUUUUUCUUCGACCCUUUUGGAGUUGCCGUAGAUGACAAGUACGUUUACUGGAAUGAAUAUUCACUUUUUGGAUGGGUGUUUCGAAUUAACAAGAACGAUACAAGCGAUUUGGACCUUUUUCUUCACGGUUUGUACGACCCUAGAGGACUUGCAGUGAAAAAAGGCAAUUAUACACGGAAGAGUGAGUAUACCUUUAAAAAAGAUUUUGAAAUGUCACCUUCCCUUCAGAACGCAGCCUUUAUAUAUAUUUUUUUUUUUUAACCUGAAGAAGGCCGAACGGCCGAAACGACGUGCAUUAAACUCGUCCAGAACAGUCGAGAGUUGGCCUCUUAGUUACGUCCAUAUAGUACACUUAACUAUAUAUAAAUAUAUAUCAAUGAUUGCUGUUAUAAUGAACUAUAAUAUCGUGAUAUGCAAACCCCAUUUUACCUCUUUUUUUCAUAACAAAUUUCUAUUGUUCAGGCGAUAACCCAUGUAAUGGUAGUUGCAGUCAUCUUUGUCUGGUAAAGCCCGGAGGUUACAAGUGUGCAUGUUCUGAUGAGGAUAGUAACACACCCUGCAGUGAGAGCGAACAAGUUAAAAGUAAGUAGUUUAGCCGGGAACAGAAAAAUUUCCUCAUUAAUUUCAAUUUUUGUUGUUUUGCGGCCAAUGCUCCCGCAAAAAACGAUUUACACGGGACAUUUUUGGCUUAUGAUCAUCGCAGGAAUCAACGAAGACAAACGAAAUUCAUUCACUUUUUUUUGCCUUAAAAUGAUCCAACGAUUUACGAACAUUUUUAUUCCCUUUGCUUACCUUUAUAUUCUUAAUACUUAACUCAUGAUAGCUAAUGAGAUUCUUUUCUUCUUCUUUCAAGAUCGUUACGGUUGUGAAAGUGACAACAGUCUUUAUUUUAUCGACCGGCACAACAUUAAAUGCAUUGACCUGAAAUCCGUUAACUCAACGUACGUCAGUGUUAAGACAGUAAGGUCUGACCUUAUCCAGGGCGGCGCAAUCGACAUACACUAUCGAGGAAGGAUGAUUUAUUGGAGUGACAACUCUCUUUGGACGUUAAAUCGAAUGAGUCUAACUUCUGGUGAAAAGGAGGUAAUUACUCUCCUCUUAAUGCUGAAUGUGUUGAAGAGAAUAAAAAUUGGUAAACCAAACAUAACACACGAAACGCAUAAAAUUAUUACCUGAUCCUUGAAAAAAUGGUUGAUACUAGAACGUAGAAUAGGCUAUUAGUCUUUAAAGACGAGCAGGCAGAAAGCAUUUGCUGUGAUAACUUUGAAAACAGUACUUUAGGAUCAAAAUCUAUGAUACUCUAUAUGAGAGUUAGUUGAAAAAAAUCUCUCGGUAAAUAUGUCCUUCCCAGCUCCGUAAACGUCUCAUGGUCUCUUUACUCAUUUUUUCAACUAAUAUGACACUCAAAGGUCAUCAUAAGAGACAAUUUGGGACAGAUAGAUGGAUUGGCUGUUGAAUGGGAAAGUGGUCUCCUUUACUGGACUGAUUUCAUCUACGAGAGGAUUGAAGUGGCGAAGCUUGACGGAAGCUCUAGAAGGACAUUGCUAUCGGAUGGGAUUUUCAGCCCUCGUGGAAUAGCUGUCGAUCCAAAGAAUGGGUAAGCUACAGUUGUUUGCAUAAUGACUGAUUUUGGGUAUACCGAGCAAUAGGUCUGGCUUCUGUGCCGUGAGCGUCGGCCUUGACACAAUAUAUGUACACAGUUUAAGUGUGAUUAAUUUAUUAGAAAGAAAUAAUGACAAAAAUUGGUAGUACCAGGCCAGUCGAUUCAACCAUGUUUAUCUUGCCGUGCGUUAAGCCCGCUAGUAAGAUAGUUUGUUUACUAGACUGUGAUUGGAAAUGUCGGGUCAGGGCUAUGACCGGAUCAAACCAACAUUCCAAAUUUCAAUUCAACCUGGAAAUAGUGGAAAUAAAGUGCCACCUCAUGAAAUUUACACCGCUAAAUCCCAUUGUUAUUAUUAUCGUUAUCAUUAUUAGCAUUACUAUUAUUAUUACUUGAUGCGUACUAACUCGAUGGCCAGGCCGGGAAAAGCUGACGAUAGUCUGCAAUUGAACGGUAAUUCAUGCAGGAGAAUUAUCAGCAUUCUUUCUGAUAGAAGAGGCAACACACUGUAUGCUGUGAUCAAUGGACUUAGCAAAAACUGUAAAAUUGACUCUGGCAGAGGGUGGUUAGGAUACAUGGCUCUGCAUGGCCUGGUUAAUUCACCGUAAUUAAGAAAUAAGCAAAGGCAAAAGCUUGGGUGUUGUAAAGUUGAAAAUGUAUCAACCUAACUGAAAAGUGGAACAUCAUUUCAGUUGGAUCGCUCAGGAUUUCAUAGAACGACAAUAACAUUGGUAUGUUUUAUCUUCUUCAAGGUUCUUAUUUUGGACAGAUUACGGAUUUGCUGAUAAUCCAAGAAUUGAACGGUUGGAUCUAACGGGUGAAAAUCCAACAGUCAUAGUUGACUUUUACUGGUAUCAGAGUUAUCCUAUGAGUGUGAUAGUUGACUACGAAACUGAGACCAUCCACUGGAUAGACAGAUACUUUCACGAAUUUCAGCAAGCCGACAUGGACGGGAAUAACGUAGUCUACAAUGCAUACAUCGGACAGAACAUAAACCCAACAGAUCUCGCUUUGCUUGGCGACUCUAUUUAUUGGGCAGACAGGAAUAGUCACAGCGUUGAGUUUUUAAACAAGACUCAGAAACUAGGCAUGCAUUAUAACCUCGGACACCUCACUGAUGAGUACCCCACGGGUGUUGUGGUGUCAGACAAAUCGAGACAACCUGUUGGUAAGUGGUUCUCUUAAAUAGAAUAUUGUUGACAGUCCAUCAAAUACUUUCGCUCGUAAACGAUUGGUUAAAACAGGUCACAUGACCAAAUGUGCUCCAGCCAAACUUUGGAAAAAUCUGUCCACACACCCAUAUUUCUGUUUAACAAUUAUUCCACGAGCGAGCGUUGGAUAUGAGAUGAUUGAUAGCCUAGCUGGCUAUAUCCAACAAGCGCUCGUGGAAUAAUUGUUUCAUUAAGAACGUCCCAAAGUAAGGAUGUUUUAUAAGUUAUUUUAGCUUUGUUUUAAUUUUGAGCUGACGCACACACUUACCAUAUUUGUGGAGCAUGGUAUAAUCGCUCAUAACCCAUGAUGGUUAAGCCGAUGAAAGCUCUUGAACUGCAUUAUCCAAUGAUCCAGUUUUUAUCAAAUUCUAAUUUCAAAUUUUACGUUUUAUCUAUUUUUUUCUGCUUUCCACGCUUUCUUUUUAUAUUAUAGCUAUUUUUGUCCUCUUAAUCAUAAUUUAUUCCCAAUGCUGGUGUAAGAUAUUUAAAAGCAAGGUCAUAUUAAAUCAAGGCAAUUUUUCGCAAGAAAAUAGAAUGGAUCGCCGUUAAUUUAUAUAAUUUUUUUUUUUUACAUUGAAUGUCUGAAAAUCAUUGCAUUGCGUCCUGACUUCGCAUAAUUUCACACAUAACUUGGAUGAGGACAUAAAAAAGCAGCUUUUUCUCUAUGGUCCGAGCUCAUCAGAGAAGUAAAUCGUCAUUUCUCGCAAACGAGCACGGUAACCUUUUCCCUCUUCAUUGGAAAUGAGCAAUGACUUUCUUUCAGAAACACGAUCUAGCAAGUACUCGAAAAUAUACUUGUCAUGAUUUGGGGACGCUACUGCUUCCAAAAAUACACGGGCAACCCCUUUUUAUUUCAAAAUUUUCGCUUUUAUAACAUAAACAACUAAUAGGUAGGGUUUGACAAAGAUCUCAGUCCAGGUUCUAUUUCAGAGGCUCCAUAUUAAGGGAAGUACGACUCUGAUAUCAACAUAAAACGAGUUAUAAAUUUUAUGACUAACAAAACUUCUUUUCUUUGAAGCACCCAAAUCUCCGUGUCGUAUUCAUAACGGCGGAUGCAGCCAUCUCUGCUUAGUGGCUCCCGGCGGGUUCACCAAGUGCGCAUGUCCAUCUAGUGUGAAAUUAGAAGACGACAAUAUGACUUGCAGUGACGGUAAUAUAUACUAGUAAAUAAAUAUUAAGUAAAUGGUGAAGGGGCCAGUACAUUAUUUUCUCGAUGGCAUACUAUCACUUCCCCCCCUCCACCUGUUAUAAAUUUUAUUUUUUUUCUUUAUUUAUUUUUUCACAACAUGGUGACGCAAGGUAAGCGCAGACAGAAGCUAUUUCAGUUGCAAACCCUCUCUUUUUUCUCACUUAUUUAGCAUUAUCUUGUAGCCUUUUGAUUUGCCAAUUUUUUGUAUUCUCUUUGUCUUUUUAGAAGUUAUACCAGAGCCACCUCCACUGCCUGUGCCAGGUAGGCAUUUAAGUAUUCGUUUUUGGUCAUUUUUGAGACUGGAAUGCUUCAGCAACGUGCAGGCUUGGAAAUUAGCAUCGCAUUUCAACUGACAUCCUCCAUGAUUCUACCGUAAACAUGGAGAGUGGGGAGGGUGUGACGAUUCUCUUUCUAAUCGCUCUGCUUUGAUCUCAUGGCAUAUAAGCACAUAUUUGGUAAACAACCUACAGAGGGGACGAUAAAACUCUUGGACUGUCAUCUGAAAUGUUGCAUUAAACCUGAACUUGUCUGACGAACUCUCAGAGCAGACCAGACAGUAUGAAAGUAGCUCAAAUAAAUAUAAUCUGAGUUUCCUUUCUCUGCAGUAUCUUGUAUUCUAUAAUUUGUCUUAUGUUUUUUGACAGUUGUGAAAGUACGUCUUAGUGGCUCCAACUCCCCUGACGAAGGUCGUGUUGAGGUGUAUCAUCAAGGAAGAUGGGGAACAGUCUGCGAUGAUCAUUGGGGCAUAAGUGAGGCUACAGUUGUCUGUAAAAUGUUGAACUUCUCGGGAGCCAACCGUGUGGAAUCCUUCGGACCAGGGAACUCUUCGUUUCCCAUUUUAAUGGAUAAUGUUAAGUGCCGCGGUGAUGAGCACACCAUUGCAGCUUGUCAGCACGAUGGCUGGGAGAUGCAUAAUUGCUUCCAUAGCGAAGACGCAGGAGUUGUCUGCAGAAAUGACUCUGUUCCUUCUCCUGAAGGUAAACACAGUUUGUACACCUUUGGCACGAGUAUAUCUCAACAAAAGAGCCUAGUCUUGGUUCUAUUUUAAAUAAUGUAUGGUAUUGUUUUCUUGAGUAUGAAAUAGCAUUGAGAGUAAUGGUAUGGUUGAGUAUACUCCAUCUCCUGCGAAAUUGAGUUUGUUACUACUGGGUAUUUGCUUCAAGCUUUUUGGUCCCGAUUUCUGCCUGUCAGCUUUCUGCCUGACACUUUAAUGAAACAUUAGGCCAAGGAUUCGGUUUGUGGGUUUUUUGCUUUCAUGAUAAUCUCUAUGAACGUUUAAGAUUCUUUUAUUCAUAAUUCUGAAUUAUAUGGUCGGGACUUUGCCAUACGGGCCGUUUCCACAGAGUAGGUUAUAGUUCGAGUCGUGUAUUUUUGUUCUCGACACCAGGAAAAGUCAAAUUUUACAAGUCUAGUUCAAGUGCAGUACAACAAGCUACAGACUAACAUCGCUUGCUUGAAAGGCACCGGGGAAUAUUGGCCCUACUACCCCGACCUCGAGCUAAAAUUCCCUAGUAAUACGGCCCUCGAGCUUGGUCAUUAACAAGCCAUCAAUAAGGUUUUCUCUAGGAGACUGAAAAAUGGAUUAAAAUAACAUUAGUGUGUUUUAUUUAGAAUUUUACAGCUAAUCUGUUCUGCUUUAUGCUUUUCAUUUUAAAGGCCCAACACUUUCUCCCGGACCACAUCCGGGUGAGUUUAUUAUGAUUUUAGUCAAUCGUCUUAUUUUUUUACAUAUCACAAAUAUCGGAAUAGCGUUGUAUUAACGAGACCACAAUAAAUUACUAAGGAUUUUUUGCCUACUCUUGGCCCAGAAUUAAAGGUUCGCUUAAGAUCUGGAAUCACGUCAAAUCAAGGAAGAGUGGAACUCUUCCUUAACGGUACGUGGGGAACCAUAUGCGAUGACGAUUGGGGAAUCGAGGAAGCAAACGUCAUUUGCCGUAUGCUGGGGUAUACUGAAGGUGCUUGGAGUACACACUGCUGCGGUUGGUACAAUGGAUAUAGUACACCAGACAAGAUUUGGCUAGAUGAUGUGCAUUGUGUUGGCGACGAAGAAAGCAUUGCAGGAUGCCGCCACGGUGGGUGGGGAAGUCAGAACUGCCUCCACUCUGAUGACGUUGGUGUAGUCUGCAAAUACACUCCAUUGCCAAGACAAGGUAAGCCAGAAAAUGGUAAAAUUAAAUAUUAGAAAACAGAAAUUUAAAAAUUCCGCCAAAUGGCAGUGUGGAAAUUUUCUUCUUUUUAAUGACGUAGUGGCUAAACUAGUCGGUCGCAAAAAAAACUUCAAAGAUGACUGAAAGUAAAGUCCGUUCCGUUUUGCGUAACGACAGAACCUUCUAUGAGAAAAAAAGAAAAGUUUACCGGCCUUACCACGAGAACAAGUCAUUAUUCCACGCAGCAUGACAGAUGACUUUAGUCUGAAACUCCCCACGAGAAAUUAAAAGAUAACAAAAGCAAAAUUGCUUUUCCUAUUUUGAGGACUCAAUUUACAAAACUCUCUUACAGCUCAUGGUGUAACGAUGAACUCUGUUUAUGCACAUUAUUUACCCUGUAUAUUCGCUUUAAAGACUUUUACAAGAAAAAAACCCUUUCCAUCAUUGUAACAUCCACUAAAUUAACGUUUUUUUCCUCAGGUCAAAUACUGAGACUAGCUGACGGAAUACGUGAGGGUGAGGGAAGAGUGGAGAUAUUUCAUGAUGGCCACUGGGGAACUAUUUGUGACGAUUCCUGGGAUAAAAAGGAUGCAGACGUUGUGUGUCGUGAACUUGGUUAUCGGGAGGCUUUGAGUGCUCCCACGGACGCUUUUUUUGGUGAAGGAAAUGGUCACAUCUGGCUAGCAGAUGUGGAAUGUUUAGGUAAUGAAAGUUCAAUCGAGGAUUGUCAGCACAAAGGAUGGAAUGUAAUCGGCUACUGCUUUCACGAGGAAGAUGCAUCGGUCAUAUGCACGAACGAUACUCGAAGUCCAGGUAAGAAUUUUAUUCUUAAAGCUCGGCUGUGUCAAAAGUAAGACAUUAGUAGGCGCGAAGUGGCUGUCUGCUAGUCGAGCAUUGAUUUUUUGGGAUCAAAGCAUGAGACUAAACAUCUAUAGUGACACAUAUUUCAGUAUUUGAUAAAGUACAUAGUACCAUAAAACUUUCAUAUCCGUCAUCGGAAUUUUGAGAUUCCAAAGAGUAACUUAACUGUUCGAAAAUUUACUAAAAAGCUAAUUAAUCUGCUCCUCGGCCAGGGAGCCAGAGCUAAUCCCAUUUUCCUAGUCACGAAGUCAGAAGAAAUUAUUCUCUCUCCUUGCGUGAGAUGAUGAGUAAUUGCAGGUUACAUCUCCUUCCUCGAGUGGUUUCACUAGGUUAAAAGUUGUCUCACAGACACAUAUUUUUCAUUUAUAUGCACUUCCACAGAUGCAGAUGAUUUCUUGCUAUUUUGCGAUGACAAUCGCAAACUCUGCCACUUUCAGCCUCUGCCUCAGCCCAAUUCUUCUGCACAGCCGAUUCCUUUAAGGAUUACACUCAACUCUAAGCCAAUCGCAGUAGCCUACGAUUUCAAAGAGGAACAGAUGUAUUGGACAGAUUACUAUGGAGAAAUUAGAAGAGCUUCCAUACAUAAUGGCACGGAUGAAGUAGUUCUCAGAGACUACUUCCUAACGGGUGUACAAAUAGACACUGUUGGAAGGAAUAUCUACUUUGCUGACUUUUACGCCGAUAAUAUUAGAGUUGCCUCUCUUGACGGAACCUAUCAAGCGGUUCUAAUUGACGUAGAGUUUCCUCAAGGGAUCGUCUUAGACAUUGAAUCAAGGUAAGCUUCACCGAAUUAGGUGUGAAAGAGUCUUUAUGCUUAUCCGCGGUAUACACUUUUGAGAGAGAAAGUUGAUGGGGUGAUGGAAUCGAAUUACGACGAACGGUUAAAAUUUUGGUCAUUAUAAGAAUAACGGUUAAUAUGACUCAAUCGUUGUCACCAGAAGUUUUUAUUACAGAUACUUUUCUCAAAAUAAUCCACUUUGCAUCAAGAAAGACUUGAUGAAAUCUCUAGGCAAGAGUGAUAAAAUCUUUAAAGUGGUGCUAUUGUAUCGAAAUAUUCCUCGUUAAGCGUUCAAAAUCCAAUUUUGUUAGGUAUUUUGAAUUUUUGACCAUUACUUUGUUAUGAUUUCGCGACUCACCUGUCGCGAAAUCACAAAAAAAAUCAAGAAAGAUUUCAAUUUUAACUUUCUGCGUUCAAUUACAUCUUCCUGCGCUGUUUGGGAUUAAUUGACGUGUUCUCAACCAAUGAGCCAACUGAAAAUUUUUAUGUAUAUUAUUGGCUCUGAAAUAAUGCGUGUGAUUUCGAAAUCGAACGAGUGCGCAACGCGAGUUUGAUUUGAAAUCACAAGUAUUCUACCUGACCAAAAUUGCUCAACACGCAGUUUGAUCAUCACGUUAUUACAGUCAUUUUAAAAUCGCAAGAUUUAGCCACUUAAAGAAAGGAUUUUUCAGUCUGUAUGAAAAAAAUGUUUUGAUUCAGUACUGAGCUGAUUUUGUGAAAAUGUGCAAAAGUUGUCAUUCAUAUUCCUGCAAUUCGAUUUGUUACUUUAAACAGUCUUAAAAGUCAUGUGUUUUUUGUAACACUUUCUCAUUGGCUGGAGUAAAAAUGGUGCGAUUCUUGAAUAAAUCGCACCGACGAAAGCCAAUCAAAUUUCAAGGAUCACCAGCGAUUUAUAGAUAGAAAAAAUAAUUUUAUUUAAAUAUUUCAUAUACUUCACAUUGCUAUUGUUUUAUUUUGAUUUGAUUUGUCUCGAACAGGUACAUAUAUUAUGUAUCGCAUGGAUUAAUCAAUACGACAAUUCAUCGAGCCGAUAUGGAUGGAGAAAACCAGAUGCUUAUCGCAACUAUGCCCUUCAUUCUAAGUUAUACAUACAUUAACUUAGCACUGGAUAAACCUAACAAGCGCUUGUACUUUUCUGACCAAACCCAUGACUUCAUACGUUACAUCAAUCUGGACAAUAAAGAGGUUCGCACAUUUAUUUCCGGAAAUCUCCAUCACCCUAGAGGACUGACACUAAUAAACAAUACGCUGUACUGGACUUCUUCGGGUGACGGAAAGUUUACUGGUGCCGUAUUCAAAGCAAAUAUUACAGACAACCCAGUUGCUCAAGAGAUGAUUGCUGAUCUGGGGGAUCCGUCGGCGAUAUAUGCACACAACUCUAUGAUAACUCCUGGUAAUUAUAUCAUAUCAUCGUAAGACUAGGUAGCUGAACGACCUCAAAACCAUAAGUCAGAAUUUGAAUCUUAAGACGUAGAAGUGCAGGUAUUCGCUAAAAUCGCACACCAUUCUGCUUAGUUGCCUGAAUUUCUUAUUAUUUGACUUUUUAAACUACUAACAUCUCGAUCUUGAAAGGAAACACGACUGACAAAGAACAGAAUUUUGAUACCGCUAUCCACCAGGACUUCCGUGAAACAGGCUGGGUCUCUCAUAAAAGAAUUAAAAAGACCCAAUAUUAGAAACGAUGGGUUAUCGGAAAUCUCUGUUGCUGAUGUUUUUAACGAAAAAAACACUUGAUAUUUGAUCACGUGCGAGGUAAAUUCUAGGAAUUAAAACCAAAUGAACUUCUAAUCAUGGACUAGCUCAACUGCCCCCUCUUGAAGUUACGGCGUGAAAAUAAAAACUAAGCCAAUUAAUUUUGUGGAGAGGUGCAUUAACUUUCGUAAUAUACUGUUGUAGAAAAACAAAAAAAUAAUCAGUUGGCCAGUAGAGGUCGCGCUUGUUUGAAGAAAUUACCAGCACUUCCUUGCAAAAUCCCGUCUCAGCCGAGUUGCUUUUGAGUUUUAAAUUUUUUGAUACUUGAUUAACAGAACUAGAAUUGAAAGAGGACUCGUACAAUAAUUUAACAAGCUAAAGUUAGUGGCGCCUCGAGCAACUCAUACGCUUGUCUCGUGCUAUCUAAACUUCUUGCGUGCACACAUAACUCGAUAUGCGCACGCUAAGCAAGAACCAAUAAUUUAUUAAACUUUUCUUUUACAGAUGAAGCACUAUGUCAGAAUAACGGUGGAUGUGAACAGCUCUGCUUAGUGACUCCAAAUGACCAGAAGUGUAGGUGUAGGUCUGGAAUGGUACUAAAAGAAGAUGGAAAAACCUGUAGGUUUAUUUGUGUAUUGUGUUUAGUUUAUGACUUGUAAAAGACACCAUAUCUUUCCUGAUCUUGUCAUAUUUCAUGGUCAUGUACAAUUAGUGAAGGUUUCCAGGUGUGGUUUUAGGCGACAAAUCUAAGACGUCAUCAUGACGUAAUUGUCAAGGCAACUAGGCUUCAUCAACCUUGGUUCCAUUGCAAGGAACUGAACAACCCUCUGACUUAAACGUCGCCCUCGUCUUACAAUGAUUACACAUAACUCAACAUCUAUACGAGUGAGUGCUUUUGUUCAUUUUGAAUGCUACGCCAUGACAUGAUGGCCAGAUUCAGAUUUCUAUCUUCACUGAUAAGUGACUGGACCAAGUGGCUUCAUACAAGUCUACUUUCUAUCGUGUGUUUUCUGCCUUUGAUUAACUAAUUUAUGCCUCCUUUUACCUCAGGUACUCUUGGUGACGUCAUAUUUGUUGCUGAUAUCUUUUCCCAGAAGAUUUCUUACUCUGAGCUGACUAGGGAUAUUCUGACUCCUUUACCAAUUUCUAAUGUACAAAAUCCCACUAGAGUAGCUUUUGAUCCAUUCGAAGACCGUAUCUAUUGGACUGAACCCUCCCUGGGCAUGAUCGCUCGAUCCAAAUUUAAUGGAGAGAUGUACGAAGUAAUACGUAAUAACGGUUCACCAACGGCAAUUGGUUUGGAUCUUGUGGGACGAAAUGUGUUUUGGAUAAACAGUGACGAAGGUAUUAUCGAAGUCUCGAAUCUCAACGGUGAUAACUGGAAAGUGCUGAUUUCUGACCCGAAACCGUCACCGCAGGACAUUGUUUUGGAUACGACUCGAGGGUAGGUUAAACUUUCAUUGUCGCAGUUACAGUGUACAAUCAAACCUGUAUUAAGCGGUACCGUACUAACGAGUCACCCUGUAUUAAGCGAUCGGUCAAAGCCUCGAAAUUUUUCCCUUUUAGCACUGCAAUUUUUCACCUCUGUUAAGUGAUCGUGGUCACCUUUGAUUCUCAACGACCUGUUUGUAUCGUCUUCCACCCAUUUUGAACGGUGACUCAGAGUUGAACCACUCAAAUCAAAUUAAAACAAUUUCUAAAGUCAAAUUUAUGGCAUCAUAAAAUCAAUGUUAGUACUUUGAGUUCAAGUGUUUUCAACGCACUUCGGAUUAAUAUUAUUCUUAGAACUGUUAAGACAGAAUGCAUUUUUUUUAUCGCGUUUGACUCCUAUUAUGCGAAACCUGUAUUAAGCGGUCACCUCUUCAUUUCCCAUGGAUGACCGCAUAAUGCAAGUUCGUCUGUGACUAACAAAAUAAUUUUGGAGAGUGACGUAACGAAUGUCAAUGGAUUAUGUCAGUCUUAGCUUUUGUUUAAUGCGUCAAUAUAAACGUAAAUUAGUUCAGAACAAUGCAAAUUUUUGAGCAAUAUUUAGUUCAAUGGGUUUAGUAGGCUGAAAUGUAUCGAGAAGAAUAAAACAGACGGAGUUUAUUUUUAACACAUUGUAUAUCGAUGCUGAAUGACAUAAAUGUCAGGAAACUACAGAGAUAGGCCAUGGUAUUGCCGUCGUUUACAUACAUAUCUCUGUAUUGUUGCACGUUAAACUGAGGCUGGCUUUAUUGAUCGGAUUGAUGACUCGAAUCUAAGUGUAAAGAAAAGGUAAUAUAAUUCGGCUCCUACUUUGUAUAUCCAUCUUUCUUUGUCGUUUCGCCAUCGAAGAUAUGAAAUUUGAAUUUUGCAAAAGAGGCGCAACAAUUGAUUUCGUGCUCUUGAUCUGCAAUAAAGUGAACUUAACUUCGAAUUUUUAAAAUCAGCUCAAGCGAGAAAUAUCAGGAAGGCUUCAGGAAAAAACUCUUUUCCUUAUCUUGAAGAAUGUUUCUUUUCCAGGUACAUGUACUGGUCGGCUCUAGGUUUUAUUGAAAGCGCGCAACUAGAUGGAUCAAACAGAACAACAAUUGCACUGGGAAACACCUCCUUCGAUAGACCUUUUGAUGCCUUGUAUAUCACCCUUGACGUUCCAUUUAACCGCAUAUACUUUGUGAGCUACGACGAGUCCGCCAUCUUCUACAUCGAUCUCGAUUCCGGAAACAACUCUAUCCAUACGGUUCUUCAAAAUGUCUUCUUGUUCUUCCAACCACAUGGAAUUGCUGUCGAUGACCAAUACUUAUAUUGGGGUGAAACUUUCUGGUAUGCAAUGGUUCUGCGAGUCAACAAGACCAACUAUGCUGAUGUUUCAGUUGAGGUUUCUGGGCUGCAUGGACAAAGGGGAAUUGCAGUCAAAAAAGGUCGUUAUGAACAAGAAAGUGAGUAUUUCUUAUGACAGUAUCAUGAUAUCACGAAGCCGUAUAAUUUUUUUUUAGGUGCCAUUCGUUUCCCUCCUAAUUAACUUUGGCACAAAGCGAGAAUAAAUUCGACUAUCUUAUCACAUUUUUUUUACUCUCAUCUCAUUCGUCUUUUGUGGAUACCUUCCAAGUUCGUCUAAAAUUUUUUUGAAGCACUUGAACAACCAUUGUCUGAAUAGACCUCUAACUGCGGUUUUCAGUCUCUUAGGUUUAAUUUAUUUCUUUUUUUAGCAAUUCAUCCAUGUAGUAAAAACAGCUGCACGCACCUCUGCUUCAAAAUUCCAUCUGGAUACAAAUGUGAUUGCCCGAAUAUCACAAGCGAUGGACAGAAUUGCUCACCGUCAGUUGUGGUUUGGCCGCCGCCUACGACGACCACAGCACCAACGACCACAGCACCCCCUACAACGCCUAUUGACUACUGUGCCAGCGCACCUUGUAUGAACGGAGCCACGUGCAAAUCUGAACCUGCAGUCAAUAAAAAGUUCCAUUGCCGCUGUGUGGGGUACUUUGGGGGUCCAACUUGCUCGGUUGAUAUAGGUGAGUCAGAAUCUGUGUAAUGGUGCAAUUGUGUAAUUGUGAAAAUUCGAGACACAACCUCAUAUAUAUAUUCUUCUUUAUAAAAAAUUUAACUCUUAAAACUUCCUUAAAGGAAAAAAAUUAGUGUUUCUGUUUGUUAUUUAUAGUUUACGUUUUUACUAUCUUUGUUUGUUUAUUUUUUUUUUUUAUCAUUUUCCUUAGUUUUUCUUUUUAUGUAAACCAAGCUGAUGACUAACUGUUUUUCAAGUCUCUAUGAACGUCUUUGCUUCAUCAUUUUAAAAUGUGACUUAGUUUGGCCUGUCCUUGGCUUUUUGUCAAAGAAGAAGAGCGAAAGAGCGAGGGAACGAAAAACGUAGGUUGUGAACGUUAGGGUAACGACUGCGUUAUGAGGCUGAGUCCCACCGUUUUUAAUUCGCGUCCCCACUUUUUCGCUCUUUCUGCCUACAAAUAAGUAAAAUGGCAGGCUAGGAUAAGUUAAGAGGCGAAUUCUUACUUACUUAGUCAAUAUUUCAUUGAUGCAGAAGAAGAAACGGUCCAGUUGGUACUAGCAGUGCCUUUAGCGGAGGUUAGUCAAGAAUUACACUUUAGCCUGUGUUCAUCCUCAUAAAAUACACCCCACUAGGUGUCUACGUAUUAGACAUGAAGUUCUCAAAAUUUUCAUUUCGAAAAUUGAUGAUAUGCAUGAAAAAAUCACGCACUUCUGAUUGACUGUAAAUUUGUGCAUUUUUUAUGUAACGCGAGUGCAAAUUACAAAUAGCGCGCGCGCUGUCCAAAAUUUCGUCUGUCUUGACUUUCUGUAAUGCCGUUUUUUUGUUAUGUAUUGGGUAAUGACAUGAUGUCUUGUUCCAUUUGGCUUAAAUUCAAAGACGACAAAUUGUACGAGCUCGUGGGGUUUUUUCUGUCUUUAAUAAAUUUACCUGUGCUUAUCAACAAGGAGCAAGGAAAUUAGGGAGAAAAACCCUAAGUCUUGGUAAAUUCGAAAUAUCAUCCCAACUGUUUAUCGCAAUAUUUCUUCAAGUUCUUUUAACAAGCCAUGUUCGGGCAAAGAAGCCGUAUCGAGCUGAUCAGAACACGGAAAAUUUCAACUCUAAUUUGCAGGUUGCUGCUUUAAAAUUAAGCAAAAAGAUACCUUUAAGGUUUUCUCCCCCGUGCGUUACAAAGCAAUUAAUUCCCUUAAUUUAUUACGAUAGUCCCAUCACCAAGCUUGGCGUGAAACGAAACAGCAAACAACGUUUUUGCAUCGCUCUAAUCAAGGUCCACCCCGUAAUUGAAAAUUUUGGGGAGAUUUCCUUUGAGUUUCAUUAUGUCGUAAACGUACUCUCUCCCUGAGACUUCGUAAUCGCGAUGUCAACUAAUUUGUUUAUAUCUUUUUAGUUCAAUCUAAAAGACUUCAUACUCUCAAUUGUGGCAGCACUAAAUGAAGAAUGCAAUGCGAACCCUGACUCAUGCUCUUUUAGCGAAAGGUAGGAAUUAUUUGCAAAAUACGCCUAUUUACCUUCCCUCUUACGUAUUUAGCCACCUUCUACCGAUUUACCAGACCACCGCCUAUUUAGAGGGGGUAAGUUUCUCAACAAACUGUGGUGCUGCGUCGGUGGGAGAGAACAAAAGGGUAAUUAGGUAUUAUCAAAUGAGUUGAUAAAGUAAAUUGGUCACCGUAAAAAGUUUCAAAGCUGACGUUUCGAGCGUUCCGGCCCUUCAUCAGAGCGAAUGGCGAAAGGCUAACGCUCGAAACUUCAGCUUUCAUAAUACAAAAGUACACCGCACAUUUAUAUUUACCAACUAAUUACGCAAUAAAUUUUAUUCAAGUAACCACGCAGUCCGUUACCUAUGAAAUCUGCUCAGUUACCCAUUCAGUUACCUACCUACAUGUCUGCUUGUCUACUAAUUAGUGUUAACUACCAGGAUAUUGGUGGUUAUAUGCACCCUGAAACUGAUAAGUCUGCUUCCCUAACAAACUCGUUCUUUAUCAUUUAUUCAAUUCAGCAAUUCGUUUAUCAAUGUCUUAUCAACAAUUUUAAUUUAUCAGCCCUGCGUCUAUCGUCAAACGCGCUGUAAAUGGCCCGUUUACACAAGAAGACAUCUACAUUCCCUCUGAUCCAAAAGAAGUUGAUGGAGGAACCCAAGUUGAGUAUGCUGUGGUUAAAACUACUGAGGAAGGCAAACUUACGCCGGUGUCAGCUUCAUUCGUCGCUGAUGUGACCAAAAAGAACGCAGCGGCAAUUGGACGUAAAAAUGGAGGGGAUGUACUCUCAGUUAAACAGAAACCAGUCAUAAAAUCCACGCCCGCGCCACGAUCCGGACGAUCGAAUGCAGGAGUGAUUGCUGGGGUAAUCGUAGCUUUGGGGCUUGUUCUCAUCAUGGUUGCCUUGGCCGUCUGGUAUUUCAGGUGAGUAAGAUUCUUAUGUAGAAAAGUUUACUACUCACAUUGAGAUUAUCUUGCUCUUCCGGCUGCACAAAAGAAAUCGGGUUUUAUAUACGAUACAAUAAUUAUUUGCAGAGUGUAUCAACUCACGUCAUAACAUAAUAUCACAUCAACUAUCCUCAACAUUUAAACAUCCUCAUUCAUUCAUUUGUCUUAAUUGAUUUUUAUUAGAAUGAAGAGGACUGGUAAGUUAAACUUGCCUUAUGUAAGAGAACUAGACCGGGAGGAGUCGAAACGUCGCACCACGGCCUUUGAAAAUCCGGGAUACGACGGCGCCGGUACUGGAGACUACAACGACAUACAUCCGGAGGUCUUCUCUCCGUUUCAAGAAACGACAGAGGCCAGUGGAGUGUCCAAUCCAAUCUAUGCUGAGAUAGGUAUGACUAAAAUGUCCUCUUCCGAGGAUAUCAAACGAGACGAGGCUAACGGUGAGUCCGUUGAUCAAAGCUACGCUUCCCCAGGCGAGCUGCCCAAGAAGGAACCACUUCCAGACGAUAAAGAAGCAAAGCCAGAGUACGUGGAAAUCAUUGUUCAGGGGGAAGCAUCCAAACAAGAAGAUCCACGAUACGUUUCUUUGUCUUUUGGUAAAGAAAAAGAAGCCAAGAAUGACCAUACGGCAAAUGAAAAAGAAAAAGAAGAAGACCGAUACCAAACACUGACAGGAAAUGAUGGUGGACGGACCGCGGUGAUUUUGGAAGAGAACAAACAGCCUAAUGAUCAAUCACAAUCUUAAAUCGAUAAUUCCCUGGAUUUAGUCAGCGCCAAUUAGACACCUUAGAGGGCACUUAAUUCAUUAAAAUUGAUUAAACCUUAAAGGGGGUCUCAAUGGGGUGGUGGCUUUUACGGCAAACGGUUAACAUUUCACAACAGCCGCUUAAUUUCUUUCCGUUGCUAUGGGAGGAAAAAUGUUUACGGUUUGUUUUUUUGUAACGACUAAUGGUUAAAAUUUGUCAAUGUUUACGCCUAACGACUACUUAUUUAUUUUUUGUCGUUUUUCGGCUUAACGGUUUACACCGUUGAGAUCCUUGCACAAGAGCUUGUACAACACGUUUUGGCACAUGUUUUGGCGCAACAUCUUUUGCAACUAUUUUGAUCAAUGAACCAGUGAACCAGGACCUAGAUAAACUAAUUAUUGAUUUCUGUUAUUAGUGCCACCAAUCGUAAGGCUACUAGUUUCACUAGUAAAACACUGAUAAUGCCUUUAUUUUCCCCCACUAUUAACUUUUCCACAACUUUUGUAAUUGCUACCAAGUAACUAUUACUACUGCCAUGUUUGAUGCUGCAAGUAAUUUUCUUUAUUGCCCUUAGUGCUAGCGCUGACGCUAUCUGAAAGGGUGAAAAAAAUUGAAAAUAACUACGAGUGUCAGUAGCGAAGGUAACCCCGUUUUGCACUUUUUACUAAGGUUUUAAAGAAUACAACAACUGGAUAUUAUUCUUCGAAGGUCAAGUGCAGAAUACCCAUUUUUUUUAAGUAAUGCGGAGUAUUACACUUUUUUUAAAUCGUCUAUUUACCUUUAAAACAAAAGUGUACUGUGAUUAUCCUUUCUCAUUUUAUUUCUUAUACGUAGGUGGAGUGGUUAUGAAUUCAGAUGUAACCAUAUUUACAAUAAUCGAACAGGUUAGGUCGAAAGAACUGAGAAAAAGGAGGAUAAAAGGAAGGAAUAACUUGAUAGCAGUGGCUCCAAACAGCCUUAGGAAAAAUAAAUCUUCAGGGUUUGUGUUAUCAGUGUCAUAGGUCCAAAGUUUUUACAGAGGGAAAGGGAAAAGAGUGAGAAAAAAAUAUUUAAACGAUAGAAAGGGAAUGAUAGACCAGCACAUCAUCAACAGAUGAAAGUGAUAUUUUUAAAAGUAAUGAUUGAAUUAAUACUUAACACUGCAGAGCAGAUAUACUAUGCUAUGGCAGUAUAAACAAGUAUUAUUCAGUAGCUGCUUAAACGCUCUAGAAAGUUUAGCAGGGAAAUGUACCUAUCUGUAUAUGAAUGUAACAAAUCAGCAAUCUGUUUUCGGCUUCCUCGGGAUUGCCUGGGAUAAUGACCGACAAAAUUCGUAUAUUAACCAACUACUUUUGUUUUUUUAUUGUUUGGUUUUUUAUUCUUUUUGAUAAAUAAUGGCCGAAAUAUUUUCAUUAGGAGCAAAAUCUAGAGGAUCGUCUCCUUUGAGACACUCUCAAUCAAGGAGCAAUGAAGUCUAUUUUUCGAGGGGAGCGGAUGGGAGGCUGCGAUGCUUUCCUAAGUUCCAACGAAGCUAGGCUAACGAGUGGCUAGCUUUACAAUUAUCGAUUGCUCUCUGGAUUUUCGCUUGGAUCUAUUUUUGUACUUAUUUUUAUUUUUUAAAAUAAACUGUAUAACUUCAACUGCGAAGCCAAUGAC